AAGAUGGCGGCCUUGACGUGCACGCAGAUUCUUCUGGCAAUCGGAAUGCUUAUUUCUGGAUCUAUAAAUACCCUGUCGAAGAAAGCACAAAAUGAUUGUUCGUAAGUAUCGCGAGGGUGUUAAAUUGCUUUUAAUUCUCCCUCUUCAUGCUUAUCUUGCUUUUUAGGCGGAAUCUUUAUUAGAGCUGCUGUCAAAAGAGAAACCUUCACGUGACUAUUCUGAACAGUCAAUCGGAUAUUUCGCGCCACACACAUAUACAGUCAAGCAAUAAAAGCACUGUAAAUUAAUCACUCGAAACAAUGGGUGCAUACCGCAGUCGGUCUCGCAGGCUUGCCAACCCCCAAAAAGAAAAAUUGUGAGACUGCUUUUAAGCUCUAGGUUUGGGAAAAGCAGUGAGAAAUGGGUAAAGAGUCGUGAGAUUGUCCCUAAUUUCCUAUUGGAAGGGACUUUCAGUGGGGACUAUGAGUAUUGGAAGUCACAUAUCACUUUAAAGCUGCAGUAGUAAACGUUACGAUCAAUUUUGGGGGUUAGGUUUAAAAAGUAAUUGUGAUUUCUAUGUUUUGUUGGCGGCCAUCUGAGAGAAACAGCUUCACAUUAAUUUGGUGGCAGCGGGCAAGUCUCAGUAGGCUAGAAGACCGCGACCGCUAAGCGUUUUCUUUGGAUUGAGCUGGCUAUCUUUUGAUAUCUAACUUGGAAAUGAACCCUGCAACUCCAAAUUUUUUUGGAGUUAGAUUUUCCGAGAAACAUGAGAAAUCGGUUGCCAACUCAUGAGAGCGUUACAUAGGUCAUGAAAUUGUGAGACACAUGACAAAGUUAUGAGACUUGGCAAGUCUGGUCCCGUUAUAUCCCACAGGUCCAUUUAUGCUUGCUCACAAUACUAGUAGGCUAAGGCCGCUGCCUAAUGGGCGUCUGGUCACUACAGGCUCCUGCGAUGUCCUGGCGGCCUGUGGCAGGCGACUAAAAUUUUAAAUAAGGAGCUCACACAGGUGCCUAAAACCUAUGAUUCUUAUGGCAAAUUAUUGCUUUUACACCUACUCGCAAUGAAGGAACGACCAAAUUCGAUGCUCGUUUUGUGCUUUUGAAAUGAAAACGUAAAACGUGUGUUUGUUGACCAUAGUCAAAACAUAUCCUCUGCUAAAGGUAAACAAACAAAUUCGAAACUCGCACAAAUUGAGUUUCGAGUAUCUGCUUACUUGUUUAAGUUUAUCUAUCAAUAGGCUCCUACAGAGGCUCCUAGGAAUGUGGCUCGGGCGGUGUUAUGAAGGACAACCAAAUAUUAAAAGUGCAACCAAACUUGUUUUCAAUUCAAUUCAAUCAACUUUAUUUAAACACAGUAAAUGGCUCAGCAAGCUGGUUUUCAGACAUGCCGUGUGAUAAUCACAAGUUAUAAAAAUUAAGACUAAUGAUUAACUAACAAUAAUUAGCACAAGAAUUGCUUUCCUUCCUGGAGAUUUUUAAGGCUUGGAAAUUUGGCAUGGGUAUUUUUUUGGUUGUUAGUUUUUGGUUCAGGGAAAGUUGGGUUGUGAUUUGAAAUCGAGAGUACCCCCUGGGACUGCAGGCUAGCUCAGAAGAUGUUUCAGUUUUUAUUCCCCCGUUCCAAACCCCCCCCACCUUCCCCCUGCCAAAAAAGGAAGAAAAAGGCUGGAAUCUGAACACGCAAUUUCUUGCUGGCACCCUGUGCAGAGGGAGUAUGUGGAUAACAAAAAAAAAGAAAAAAGAAAGGGGAAAUAGAAAUGGAACUUUGCACUGGUUUUGAUUGCUUAACUCUAUAGCAUAUUUUUUAAACAUUUUUUUUCGUGAUUGCCUGAUUAUAAAUUAUGUUUAUUUGAAUCUGCUGCUUGGGUUUCUGGAGGUCUAUUUUUCACGACUGCAUGUAGAAUAUAAUAUCUCUUCAUUUGUAUACCUCAGGUGGAAAGGCUCUAGUUUGAUUAUUGCAUAUCAGUAUAUGUAAUAAUUAACUAUUUUCAUUUAAUUUUAAAUUGUAUGUUCAGAUCAAAGGGACUAAAGGAUGAGCAUGGAAAUGAGGUUCACAAAUUUGAUCAUCCUUGGUUUCAAACUGGAUUGAUGUUCAUUGGUAAGCAUGGACUUGAUAGCUUUCUUCUAAAAAAGGCUGACUAUUGCUGUUCCAAGAAGUGCAAGCUAUUUCGUAUUAAACCCCACGUCUAGGUGUCCAAAUUUCCUCUGUCAGUAUUCCCACUUACAAACCCAAGAGACGCGCUUUAUGUAACAGAUCUACAGUAGUUCACAUGACAUUUUAAAGGUUACACCAGGUUUGAUAAGCCUUAGAUUAUUAUUAUUAUUUUUAUCUAGAUUAUUAUUAUUAUUGUGAUCUGUAUUUUCUUGACUAUUAUUUAUAACCUGUAAUAUUGUUUGUUUUCAUUUGCUUUUAUUUUAAUAAUGUUGAUUAUAUAAUAAUUAUUAUUAUUUUUUAUAUAAAAUUAUAUUGAUAAUUUAUUAUUAUAGCUAAUACUUCUACUUCUUCUUUUUUGUUUCUAGGUGAAACAAUGUGUUUGAUUGGCUUGUUUUUUCAUCGACGAAGAGAAAGAAAGAAGCUACAGCAGGUUUAAAAUUAAAGUUAUUUUCAUGGAUAAAUUUGGAUCACAUUUCUCAAAUCAAAUUCGAUCACAGUAAUAGUCUUGGAAAAGAUUUUUUACCCAUACAUGUGCAUCACUGCCCCCCUUCCCCUCCCUCCCCCUACUACACUCCUUUGAGAAGGCAAUAGCCCAUGAAAUUAGAUGUUUUACAAAGGCUGGUUGUCAUUCACGAAACUCUGGCUAUGUCCAGUUCACAGUUUAUGUUCAGUCUCAAAGGAUUUUACCCAAAUUAAUAGUAAAUUAGGCCAAUUGUAUUUUCUUUGCAAAACAAACCUUUUAGAUUAUGCAUCAUAACAAAUUAUGUGAUGCUCAGUAUAACCUUUUUCUGCAAGUUAUAUUUUUUGUUUCUUCUGGCGAAAAGACCCAGGAAGGUUGAUAACUUUUUUAACCUAUAAUUUUGUAGUCUACGCAAACUGCCCUUUGUGUGUUGUGUAUUUUAAUGCGGCUAAUUGUGCGACACCUACAAUUCUAAUACAUGUAUGUAAUUUCUUUUCGGUAAGAAUAAACCAAAUUGAAAUUGUGUAAUUACAAGUACAAAUCACACACUGUGCAUAAACCAUUUUCAGACUCUCAUUCAUGCAUCAUUCUGACACAGUCCAUAAAAGAAAAAAAAAACUUGAUAACAUCUUGCAAAAUUAUGACUGGCAAUCAAAACAUUAAUAAAUCUACAUAAAGAUGAACAACAAUACAACACUUUUUAUUUAAGACAGCAACCAGAGAGUGACUAAAAUGUUUCCGAAAACCUUGUUUUCUUUACGUUUGUUUGUCCGAUUGUUUUUCUUUAGCGGGAUUUUGGCACUUAACAUAGAUAAAAGAGCCUCGCAGCAAGACUUUUAUUAUCCUUCCUUUUUCCAGCAACCAUUAGGAGACUAAAUUGUUCUUGGAGUGUGUCCAAAAGUGUGACCAGGCAAUUAAAAAGCAAAGCUUUAGAAAUGUAUUUCAGAAAAUUUUGUUUUAAGUCAAACACAAGAAGCUUUAAUCUCAGACAGUAGUAUAUUUUUACCUGAGCAACUGCACCUAAAAUGGUUAAUUUUGCACCAAAAACGAAACACAAUGUAUUAUGUCUUGGACUCUCUUCCCUACUUUACUGUUUCUUUUCCCCUACUCUCAGAGUUUGUAGGGAGGGGAGGUCAGGCAUACGCUGACAUCUUUUCUGGCAUCAAUUGGUCAGAUCCAUCCUCUUUUGGGUAUGGGGCUCUGCCAUGUGCUCAGACACUCUGCUAUAAAGUAGAGAAUUCAUUGAUGGUUAUGUUGGCUUAAUUUGUCUGCUAAAAUAUGGAGUCUACUUGGGUUAUUCUUCACCACUACAAUAAAUUACUACCCUGGAUUUAUAGUUUUGAGCUAAGUUAAGCAAUGGUUAAUUUUUUGUUAAGCAUGGCUUGAUUAUUUCAUACACUCAUAAAAAUAUCGAUGGUUUCUAUCUAUUUUCUGUAGAGCUUUAUGGAGAGUAUCAACAAUGAAGGGGAUGCAGGCCCUGAACAACAACUUAUAAGUCAGCAACCUAGGUAUUUAUUACAUGUAGUGUUCUAAUGUUAACUAUUUAUAGACAAGUGAAUAGCCUUCCUCGAGACUCUGUGAGCGAGUGUGACAUGUGAGUGUUAGAAUGGUGAAGCUGCGACACACUAGCAUAUUAUUUUGCUUGCUUAACCCUUUAAGUCCCAAUAGUGACCAACAGCAAUUUUCUCCUAAUGAUAUCCACACAUUAUCAUGAGAUGAGGUUAUGAGAAUGAAUUAAAUGAUCAACUAAGAGAAAAUACUUUGAUCUUUUAUCAAAUUCUCUCAACUCAUUCUUUAAGGAAAUGUAUACCGAUCAGUUUGGAGAAUUUGUAUUUGGAUAUUGGAGUUUAAAGGGUUAAGAGUGUUUUCAAGCAAAUGGGAGGCUGCCUAUAGUUUAUAUCAAAUUCACCCAUACUCUCUGCCAAUAAAAAGGAAAAGUGUGACUCCAUGCAUGUUAAACUAUGGUAACAAUAUUUUCUUUUUCAGAGACGGUUAUUUGUAUUGUUAAACAAUGGAAGAAAAGUACCGGCUACCGUUUUGUUCCUGAGUGUAAUCAUGUACAAGAAAUACAUUUAUGCACAGGAAAUUCAUACAUUUCAAUUUCAUGUCUACAUGGUUUGUACAAUCUUGAAAAGGUCUUGAAUGUUUAAUAGUAGUCGUUUUGAAAAGUCCUUGAAUUCAGUCAAUGUCCUUGAAACUUUAUUUGGUCUUGAAAAGUCCUUGAAUUUGACUACUUUGUUGAUGGCGCACCAUUUACUGUACAAUUAGAUUCUUUUGCAAAGGAAAAAUUUGGCCUGUCCUCGAUGUAUGAACCUGCACAACAAAAUAAUGCUAUUUAUUUCUGUGCCUCAGAUGAUAAUGUAUGCAAGUCAUUUAUACCCAUGGCCGAAGAUGAAGUAAAAAUCAUAAAUGACUCCUUCAAAGAGGGUCAAAGAAAGCCUAGUUAUUGAAUAACUCCUAGACCUUAAAAACUGUAAUUUGUCCUUUCAAAAGUCCUGGAAAAGUCCUUGAAUUAUGUUUGCCUAAAAAUUGUACGAACCAUGUGUCUAUUUCUGCCAUAUGGUUCGUUGAGAUCCAGAAAAUUUGCUGCCAUGGCAACAAGACAUAGUGGCUUCUCCUUUAGAUAUUUUGAUUUCAAUUUCAGAAUUCAAAGUAUGUUAUGUGGCCAAAACAUGUCGUCAAUAUCUCAGUGUUUAUACCGACAGACUUUAAACAUGUGAAUGUUCAAGCUACCUGUACAAGUAGCUAUGGUCAAAACAGCAAAAAAUAUAGCACCCCUUUGAAUGGAGGGGAGAGGGAGUGGCAUGGAUUUUCUUGUUCUUCAAAGGUAUCCCAUAUGAGGACAACAGUGUCACAACAAUUUUGUCAGUUACAUAUUGUAGCUUUUUUGUAAUGGGCAGGUUUUGCCAGCCAGAAAAGGAAACAAACAAACAAACAAACAAACAUAAUGAUAAUAAACAAACACAUUGUAGUCUGUAAAAUUGUUCCUGUGAUGCGUUAAGAAUAUGCAUGUACUUUUUUUUAUCCUUUCAUUCCCAGAGUAUUUCAGUGGAUUUUUGCCUUCCCUACAGUAUGUGAUUUGUUUGGGACUACAUUGGCAGGCAAGUAGCAAACUAUUUUUUAGUUAUUUUCAUUAAUUAAUUUGUUUAUUUAUUUAUUCUUUGCAAUAAUGCUGCACAGAGUGAUUAACUGUUUAUAGAACUGAAACUCAGAUGAACAAAUUGAAAUUAGCAUUUAUUGGCAAAAUUAAUUUCUCACUUUUGACAAAAAUGACAAGUCACACAAAGGUUGUAAAUUGGUCACUCUGACAUCAUGUGGCACUAUUCUUAGAAUGCAUACAAAUAAAAAAACAGAGGAAGUAGUGAGCCUUGAUCUUUUCAACAGAAUCACAAGUGACACCGGUCAUGUAUUGUAUGGCUUGCUUCCACCCAAACAUAAUAGGGUUCUUAGAGAAAGGGGUCAUGACUUCGUACACCUUAGAGUAAAAAGGGAACAAUUCAAGUGGGCUUUUGUAAAUAGGUGUCUUUUUAAAUUUAUUCUUUAUAUAUUUCGACUUAAAUUAUUUUAAUUUUUGUAAUUCAUAUUAUGAUAGAUUUUAUUGUACCUUAGCUUACAUGUAGCUUGUUAUUGAUUGUAAAGCCACACUUAUGUUGUGACUGAUUUCUUAACAAAGACUUCUAUCUAUCUAUUGUAGCACCAUAUAAAAUGUGUUAUUAAUAAAUACAACAAUAUAAUGAUUAUUGUUGAUUUUUAACAGGAAUUGGCCUUCUUUAUGUCAAUGCAUCUGUUUGGCAGAUGCUAAGAGGUUCAAUCAUUAUAUUCACUGGAGUGCUGUCAGUAAGUAAAAGAUAUGUCCUUAGACUAUAGUCUCUAUAGCUAUGCACUGUGCAUAGCUAGUGACAGGAUUGUUGUAUCUGGGGUACUUUCUCAGCGGCAGAGCCGUGAGGGAUUUCUGCAGGUGGUGAAAUUUGCCUUGUUCCCAAUUUCCUCGCGACUCUGCUAUGUAUGCUAUCCUGAGACAUACAGAGCUGUUCACAAGAUUUCUUAAUAAACCUAUUGAUCUGUAGAUUCACGUGAUGCUUAAUAUUAUGAUCCUUUCUUUCCCUUUUGGAGAGGGGGGGGGCGGGGUGCAAGUAGCCUGAAGUACAUAAAUUAUGUUUACUGUAAUCCAUCGAUCUGGUCUUUAAUUAAUGAUAAUAAUUUGAAAACAAAAACGCCUUCCCUUUCCGCAAGAAAUAUAUAUUGGUGUCACACACCCCUCCACCCCACCCUUUCCACAAGAAAGACUCAAGAAAAUGGUGUCAUACACCUGUAUCCCUCCCCACAAUGACGUCCCUGUUAAAGUGGUUGGUUUAAGAUUUAACUGUACAUCAUUCAGCUUCCCUCCGGUAGCAAAGUUGAGUGAAAUUUAAUUUGUCUUUGCUGUACUCAAGAAAAUCUUUUUGAAGAGAAAGCUGUGGCCAAUUCAUUGGAUUGGAAUGUUUGUUACCAUGGUAAGGACUUUGUAUAUCUUGUAUCAUAUUUAUUGGCCGUAAGUUAUGGCUCUGUGAAUGCAUGCCUCGUUACAAGAAGUAUCCCUAAGGCUAACAAUGACGUGACUCUAUUAAGUCAACCUGGGAAAAAUGAUGUUAAAAUACCGUAAACUGCCGCUUAUAAUAAGCUCGCCAACCACUCCGGAUUUCAAGUGACGGGGAUGAUCGAAUAGGGGCAAAAAUCAAUACCCAAAAAAAUUCCCCAGGGCUUCCAGCAAAACCCAACUUGGUAAAGUUGGGUCAACUUUACAUGGUUUUCCUCCUGCUUCUCUGGCCUCCUUUUUCACCCUGCCCAGCUUAGAUGAUAAAGUUGUCCUUGACCGCCGUUAAAACUGAUGAUGUCAAAAGUGGUACAAGGGACGUGGAUCUGCACAGGCGAUUAGGAGAGGUUCACGAGCGAAUGGGUUAAAAGUGGUAGUUUAGUCUGUUGUCUUUCCAACUGAACAUUGUUGUAAAUAAUUUGACUUUUCAGAUUGGUUUAGUUCUUGUUGGAUUAUCAAGUGUUCUCAGAGAUAACCACCGAGGAGCCACGAAAGGGCACGUUAUUUUAGGUACCACUUGGAAAUUUUACCGCGUGCACAAGUGCAGUGAGCUUCUUUAAUAAGCGGUGUGCAGUAGUUGUAUUAUAUACAUGUGUCCAUGAAGUUCAUCUUGUCUAGUUAUAUACCUUAUCAAUACAUAGUCUAGGUACAGGUAUGUCCAUUCGAUUCGCGUUCCACUUCGUCAUCAUUGUUUUGCUCUUUAGUUCAUCAUAUAGUGCCUGUUCAUACGUUUCGCGGUAAAAUCGCGGGUGCCAUUAUUGUCAUUACUUGCGCGCUCUCAAUGCCUUCCAACUACGCGCAGCCAGUCUUUUGACUUUCUGAGUGAAGUGUUAGCUUAUUGUUUCGACGAUAGCAACCAUUAAAAUACAAAGUCACUGUAUCACUGUCUGCUACUGCUCUCGUAUUGCCUUUCGUUUAAGGGAACAUUUCGAAGGAUCAUUUUGCAGGUAUUGUUCUUAUUUUGGCUGGUCAGUGUGUCAGUGCGAUACAGAUGAUAGUAGAAGAAUCAUUCUUGAAGAAAAAGAACUUCCAUCCUUUACAAGUAAGUUCAUUGCUUGAUAAAAAGAUUGAAAUGGAGUAUUUCAUUGAUGAUUUGCAUGUUCUUUUUCUUUUUUUUUGCGUUUUCUCUCUGGUUUACCCCAAGUGUAUUACAGUUUGUUAAUUGGUUGCCAUCCAAACCUUAUCGUGAUGCCUAGUAUUUAGUGUAGAGCAAUGUUCAGUAUUUUCCUUUUCUUUGUACAUUCCAUGUAAGGUGAAUACAAAAUAGCCUGGGUAUAGUAGGCGCAUGAAAGAAACGAAGUACAGUUUAACCUCUCUACAAUGGCCACUUUGGGGACAGAAGAAAGUGGCCGUUGUAGAGAGUUUUAAACAAGAGUCAAUGUAUGGACUGUCCGCCAAAAAAGUGGCUUUUAUAAAGAGGUGACUGUUGUAAAGAGGUGACUGUUGUAGAGAGGUGACCGUUGUAGAGAGGUGGCCGUUGUAGAGAGGUGGCCGUUGUAGAGAGGUGACCGUUGUAGAGAGGUGACCGUUGUAGAGAGGUGACCAUUGUAGAGAGGUGACCAUUGUAGGGAGGUGGCCAUUGUAGAGAGGUGACCGUUUUAGAGAGGUGGCCGUUGAAGAGAGGUGACCGUUGUAGAGAGGUGGCCGUUGUAGAGAGGUGGCCGUUGUAGAGAGGUGACCGUUGUAGAGAGGUGGCCGUUGUAGAGAGGUGGCCGUUUUAGAGAGGUGGCCGUUGUAGAGAGGUGGCCGUUGUAGAGAGGUGGUUGUAGAGAGGUGACCGUUGUAGAGAGGUGGCCGUUGUAGAGAGGUGGCCAUUGUAGAGAGGUGGCCAUUUUAGAGAGGUGACCGUUGUAGGGAGGUGACCGUUGUAGAGAGGUUACCGUUGUAGAGAGGUGACCGUUAGUGAAGGUUCGACUGUAUAGAGCGUUUUCACUCACGUGGCCAGCAUCUAUGCAAAUCUAUUGGAACAAAAGAAAGUGUUUGCAUAAGAAAAGAGCUCAACUCCCACAGGAUUUAUUUGGGACACCAACAUGGCCGUCGUUUCAAGGUUUUGGGACACCAAUAUGGCCGCCGUGACGUCAUAUGAAAACACUCUAUAGGACGCUUUCAACAGAGUGACAGAAAGAGCAACGAACUGAGACACGCGCUGCUCACGCAGUAUUAAGGACCUUAAUCAACGAUUGGUUUUAUGAGCAAAAUAACUGCUCUGCACGUGCAUCACACUUUUUAGUAUGUUUCUUUGACGUCCACUGCAAGACUACGACGUGAAACCUCCCAAUGCGACGUUUUGUGGAGGGCGUGGACAUACUACGACAAUUUUUUCCUUCUCUAUUUGAACAUGCAUAAAAGCCCUUAAGAAUUCAACUCCAGGAAAAGUCGCCUACAUUUGACGAAUUGAGCGGGUUCCAAAUAGACGCGAUGAAGUUUGAAAGGACGCAAAUUCGUUUUUAGUGAUGUUUCCAGUGCUGUCGUCGUCGUCGUUACUUAAGGAUUGAGGGCGCUCACCUCUCAAAUCCCACUGAUAUCGUAAACGGCCGCUUAUAAGCUCCCCCACACGUAAGCCCACCCCUUCCCCCCCCUUUCCCCCAAUUAUAGCUCUGUCUACCUCUAAACGAAAAAAUCUAUAUCCGAUUAUAAUCCCCCCGGCUGUAAAGCCCUCCUCCAAAUGUAUUGAACUUAUUUUGAAUUUUAAUGAUUUCUUUAUUUUAUUGUACCAAUAUCGACUGAUAAUGUCUCCGUAGGUCGUUGGAAUGGAAGGCUUCUUUGGAAUAAUUUUUAUGAGUGCAGUAAGUACCUGCAUGGUACCGUUGUACUUGUCUAGUGUCUUGUCUGUGCAACUCCUUUUUACUACUGUGAUGUUCUCUUAGAAUUUUCAGUAUAAUCUUCGGUUACGUGAUUGUUUUGUUAUAGAUAGUCCUUCCUGUUUUGUAUUACAUCCCUGGAGAUCAGAAUCACCAUAGUUACGAGAACAGUCUGGAUGCCUUGGUAAUGAUCAAGAACGACGCCAAAUUGCUCAUAAUGUCACGUAAGAAAUUAACCAACUUUGUACGUGAGUUAAUGCUGACAAUAUUGUAUCUUUAAUCUGACGAAUGGGCCAUUUUCGAGUUCCAAAAAACCCUCACUUUCCAGAACAGGCUAAGUGCAAAACCUUUCUUGUGAUAAUGAAUUAUACUUGUAUAGGUAAUAGCAUGAUUUGUAGUGAUAUUUGGCAUAAAUACCACGAGUGAUAUUUCAAAAUUGUUAUACGUAAUUUCACGAGCCGUUAGGCGAGUGAACUUUGAGACAAUUUUGAAAUAUCGUGAGUGGUAUUUAUGGUAAAUAUCUCGUACAAAUCAUGCUAUUAUUUCAUUUGUUCAUAUCAAUAGCUUUACACGUAGCACGCUUUGAAACAGAGGCUUGCUGCAACUCGGAAAUGGCCUAAUAUAAUGUGUACGUUGUGUAGAUAGAUACUGUUGCAAACGGACAUGUAGCCCAAUUGGAAAUGCACAGAAAUGGGGAAUAGCGGAGAAAUCAUACACGUAUAUAUUGACAUCUUUUACUUCAGUUGAAAGAUCGUUUUUCGUCCAUACGUUCGUGCAGCACAUCUUACAAAUGGUCGGAAAAGUGCGUCAAACGUUUGUUGAAUGGAAACAAUAUCUUACCUACUCAAUGUACAGACUUCGAUUAGCAUAUUACUAAACAUUCGAUGUGUAGUGAACAUGUAUACUGCACUCAAUAUCCAGUGCAAUAUCCUCAAUUCUUUAGGUGUUCUUUUCAACUGUUACAAAGUAUAUUUCAAAGAAAGUUGUAUGUAUUAUUGCAAAAAUACUUUUUUCUUGAAUGUUUUUUUUUUCUUUUUUUCAGUUUUAUACAUCUGUUCUAUUUCCUUUUACAAUUUCUUUGGAUUAGCAGUCACCAAAUCAUUAACAGGUAAAGGCGGGAAAAACUGUUUAACAUACUCGUAUACAAAGGGUUGAAUCGUACUCUUUUGCGCUCCUUUCACACACUUGUGUCCUCGUAUUCCCUGUAUGUCCGCUGGUUGCCCUAAUUGUUUGCAUCCUCCUCUCUCCUUGUCCAGAAAUUAAUAAUAUUCUAGUCGCUUGUUAGUUUUUUUUGUUGUUGUUUUUCUUCUUGUUUUAUUCUUUUUGGGCCUUUGCCACUAAUGGAGCAGAGCCCCAGGCUCAUUAUUUGUUGGUUUUUAAAAUGAACAGUGUUUUUUUUUUUCCAGUGGCUGGCUCAUUGCAAUGACAAAAACAAUGUUUACAAAAUUAAUAUGAAUUUUUACUAUGGACCAACGGUGAAUUAAUCCAAAUACAUGGAGGUGAUCCGUUUUUUUUUCCUUAGACUGAAUCCUUCACGACUUAAUUGCAAUUAGCCUGCGAAAACAUCCGUUUCUCCUCGCUCUUCGCCGCUGGGGACCUGAAAACGUCCCCAACGGCGAAGAGCGAGGAGAAACGGAUGUUUUCGCAGUCUAAAUUGCAAUGAGGAUUCUCAAAAUAGUCCCAAACACUCAUCGGUUCAUUACAUCCAAACGCGAUGUUAUAAAACUAGCGAUAGUGUUAGGCUGUGUUCCCAAUAUACCGGCGGGAUUGUUUAUCGUGUCGACACGAUCGUAAAGCUAUCCUACGUAUUCACUUCCGCUAUAGCCCGAAUACCCGUUUACACUACACCACAGUCUGGAACAGAACCUAUCUGGUAUGUGACGCUCCACGUUCGAGAUCGACGCGGUGCAGCUUCGCUCCGUUACCGAAAUCGCGCCGCCAUAAGAGUUCUUAUGUGUGAACAGAACCCAAUCCGCCGGUAUGGUUUCCGCGCCGGCGCAAAAGCUAUCCGGUAUUGUUUGAACAUAGCUUUAGUCGACUCUGGCAAAGGCCACGUUAGAGCGAUUUUCCUAUGACCUUGAAAAAUGGUUUCGGUAAGUGUUCGUCAUCUGUUUCAUAAGUCAAUGGAUGAAAAGAUCAAAACAUGGACUCUUUGUUUUCCCGCCAAAGAAAACCCUAAUAUGGAGGAGGCAUUGUUCGAUUGGUCAGUCGUGUUGCAGUAUGACGUCAAGGCGAAGUAUCGAUUGAUUUCUAGAAAGUUCUCAGGCAUGAAGUUUUUUCACUUGAGCGUUCGCUUAACCAACCAAAAGCCACGCUCCUUUGUAUCCGUUCGAUAAACCAAUCAAAUCGCUCUCUUUCGGUUCGUUUGUUGUUUCUGUUUUGUUUGCUCGUUUUCAUUUCAAGGUCAUACCAAAAUCGCUCUAAUUCUCUUAUUCACUAACAACUCCUUUUUAAAACUUGCUUUCUCGUGUUUACAUUACCUUCUGAUUAAAACAAAUUAUAUUUCUUGUUUCAGCUGUGCAUCGAACAUUAAUAGACGCCCUUAGAACCAUCGUUGUGUGGCUUGUUGAUUUAUUCAUCCACUAUGUCUUUCACGAGGUAUAUUAACUUUGAAAAACAAGAGAGCUUCAGCAGCUACGAUUGUGAAAGUAGCGGAGCCGUUGGUUACUAAUAAUACUAAUUAAUACUAACCCGCAUUGUUUGAAACAUAUUGACGAUUAUUCUAAUCCUCUCAAUAACUCAAAUGUUUCCUCGGAGUUAAAUUCUCCUCGUUAAAAAAAGGAAAAUAAAUUCGUUCGCAUGUGUACUCGUCUGAUAUAGAUCAGGCGUUGCAGUUUAGAAAUUCACGUUUCAGUCGUACAGGGGAAGACAGAGAAGUGCAUGAAAAAGUGUGACGCACACGCCGGAGUUGUUGUUUUCCUUCCUUAUACCUGUUAUACUUUUUUGACGUUCUCGUCGCCUUCGCCUUCGCCUUCGCCUUCGCCUUCGCCUUCGCCUUCGCCGUCGUCAUUACUUACGCCUAUCUUUGAAUGGUGUCCACAUUAUCCAGCCAAAGAUAUGGCUACUGAAUUCACUUAAAAACGGUAGAAAUCAAUUCAGGGUGCCCAUUUGUUGAGAGCUAUCCGUCUUUCAGUGAUGUUCGUCGAGCGUGUCGAUCAUUCUUUGCGGUACGAAGUAGUUUGAAGCUAUUAAUCAGUUGUAAUUUAAUAGGUUUAGAUCUUUUUUAUUCCGUUUUAGGGUUUUGGAGAAGCUUGGGACAAACGAUAUGGCAUUUUUCAAGGUAGGGAAGAUUUCUUAGAACUGUUGAGCAAUGCAACAAUAACAAUAACUAGAGCUUAAUACCAUCAAGCGACGUGAUACAACUCACUUUGACUCUGAAGAUGUCACGGGAAAGGUUGUCCAAACGCCAGUCACUGCCGACAACAACAGUCCUAUUCAGGACUUCGUUCACCAGACGAUCAUAGUCACCAUACUUAUGAAAUGGCUCAUGGGUUCAAACCUUUCACAGUUUUGUGUAAAAGGUGUCUGUGUCAAACAGGUUAAAAAAGAUUCGUGAAAAGAAAGCAAGGAAAUCAUUUAUUGUUCCUGAGAUUACCACCUCUUACGCAAUGGCGUUCCUUUGCCUUAGUUUCAUUUUUUAAAUACCUUCAAUCGAGUACUUUUUAAUAUUUGUGACUGUAAAAACAGGAGCUAUGUAUUGCUGCCAAAUUGCUUAAACACCUUAAGCCCCAAUACCUACUUCCAAUAACUCCAGACUGAUCUCCCUUUGGUGAUCAUUUUGGUAAUUCUCAUAACCUUUGUUCUUGAUGAUGAAUUGAUACUUGGUCACUCGUAUCAUUUAAAGGGUUAUUGAACGGCUUUGUGUUAUUCUGCAGUUGAUGGUUUUCUUUUCCUUUUACUUGGCACUGCUCUCUACAAUCAGCUGUUGAUAAUCCCACUUUUGAUGCCUAAACCCGACCCGCCACAACAGGUAAAUUUUGUGAAUAUUCAUUGUUUGUUCAGGUAUUAG